UGCAGAUCAAUCAGUCGGCCGUCAGCUCUGAGUUGUGACGCUUGUGGAUUGCUCUGGGGGGACCGGAGAAAGAGUCAUGGGCAAGAGAAAGUAUCCGGUACGUCUGGAGGAACUGGCGUUUAUAGAAGUCUGCCAGAUGGUGCGAGAAGCAGGAGUCAACUGGACCCGCAGACUACGCUCAGCAGCUGUUACGAGUCAGAGUAGCUGGCUCCAAGAGAUCGAGUCUGUGGAGGAAGAGUGUGUCCUGGUGCGCACACACCUCGCCUCCCUUCCCGUGCCCUUAGUAUCAGAGGUCAUUAUUCAUAAUGCUGUCAAAAAAUUCAUAAAACUCGUCGAACAUUAUCACUACCACGAUCCUCGCCCUCUGAUCAGCAGAGUUUUUGACAGACAAGUUCAUGAGGGCGUCUGCGGAAACAUGAUGAAAGCUGUACUUCUGCCUUGCAUAUCUACAUGCGAUGUAGGUGUCACGAAAUCUUGUUUCGUGCAAGGACUCUUAAUGAAGUUGCUGUAUGCCAUACCAAAUAUUAAAACAUUGAUUCUGCCACCACUAACACGCCCCAGGUGCUUGCAGCUGCUUGUGGAAAGAUUUCAAAUUUUGACACAUCUCGAAAACUUUUACUUCCCCAAGGGCUGCACUACAGAAAUCAUUAUCCAGCUGUCAGAAUAUUGCCCUCACAUGAAGAAAAUUUCUGUCCAGAGUUCGACACGCGUGGAUGAUGGGAGCGUAGAGCACUUGCUGAAGAUGAGAAACCUGCUUUCCCUGAACAUUGCAGGAACAGCAAUUUCUGAUAACAGCUAUGCAGCUCUACUUUCGGGUUUGCCAGAAAUACGGGAUGUUAUUUGGUUCGGUCAAAUUGAACCUGUAUUAGGGAACCUUACAGCAUGUCUUCCUUCAGUAGUGGCAUUUCUUGGAGUUAUUUCAAAUGCAAAAUUAUUUGUUCAGAAAUGCCCAAAUAUAACGCACAUGUUCCUAUAUUACCCUUCCAAGGACAUUUCUCAUUUGGGUCAAUUCAAAAAUGUCGUUUCAAUUUCGAUUCGGAAUUGCAGCUAUACCGAAAUUAGGUUUAGUGAUGUGAUUAAACGUUUAGGUAGAGGUGUGGAAUAUUUAGGAACACACAGAGUUGACAACAUAAUCUUGGAUGACGUAAUUAAUUAUUGUACAGGUCUUCGUUCGCUUUCGAUUAAUUUUUCUGAAGUGACAAGUACAGAAAUGUUCCACCCUGAAUUGCCACACUUCCAAAACCUUGAAAAAUUAGAAAUAAAGGUUAACUGGGGAGCAUUUUCUUUCUGCUCUGUCCUGCACCUGUACGUAAACCUGAAGGUAGUACAUUUUGUCGGCAUGGAACAGAUAACUAAUACGGUCAUCAGGCAAAUCGUGGCGGCUGGAGGAUUCAGAAAUCUGACUGAUUUUGUAGUUCAGUAUUGCGGAUAUGUGACCAUGGAGACGGCAUUGUUUCUGAUGCAGAAGUGCCCCAAUUUGACCAAAAUUGGGAACAUUGGCAGUUGGUCUCAUGUCACCGAAGAUCAAGUGGUGACGUUUUUAAAUACUGUGAGGCAUAACAAUGUUUGUCUCACUUUAGAUACCUGAGUGCAAUUAUUUCUCGAUUAAAAUGAUCUAGGAAAGUUAGAAUUGCAAGAUUCUAUUGAUGUGGAAAUAUACAGCACAAUUUCCUUCCAGUCACUCUCUUUCAAGUGCACAGCUCAUAUCUACACAGGGAUGCUUUUUAACAUGAGCAAAACUGCGAAUUUUACUAAUGGAGUCCUCGGCAAUUCGAUGUCGCGUAUUAGAUUCUGUAAUGGUUUCAUUAGCGUGAAAUGACGAGGAUUUGACGUGACUGGGACAGUAUUUUAUUAGAAUUAAUUCCUUGUUCAACAUUUCUCAGUUCAUGCUUACUGCAUUAAUUUAGAAGUAAUUAAUUCGUUACACUCUUGUGUUAGGCAAAAUCACCACACCUUACAUACAAUUUUGGUUGUUUUUCCUUAAUAUCGUAUGAUAAUAGCUUGAGCAAUUCUUAUCGAUGCCCGAGAACUAUGUGACUAUUUUAAACUCAAUUUAGAGGCUUUCUCCACUGCUGUAACAACCUGACUGGGGAGGUACCUAAGCAGUGAGAAUAACAUGACAUUUUAUAACAUUUCAAAGUAUAAACACUACACUUCUAGUGAAGAACAUAUUUAGGUGUAUUUUAUGUUAAUGAAAUUAAAUAUAAUGGUUGCAUUAUUGACGAUGUACAUAUAAGUGAACAAGAGAAUGCAAGUUGUUUUGAAACUAAGACUCUCAGUGCAUGAGGCAUGUCUGCCAUAUUUUAAAUAAUGUCCUAUUCUGAAGAUGUUAAUGUCAUCAUGUUUUAGGCCAACAUAACUGUUCCAUUUAUUUUCCUUUUAAAUCAAGUAGUGUUUUGAUAUGGUUUCGCGUUUCUUAAACAAGAGACAAUGACAAGUUUUAAGGUGUUACAGACUUGUGAAGGAAAUUUUUUUAAUACUGAAUUGAAAUUACCAAGAAACUCUUGUGUGUUUCUGGAACGAAUAAUUGUUACAACUUAUUUUAUUCUGUAUUCUUGUAUAAUUACACAACUGCAAUAAUGUGA